GCUUUAUUCUUUCUUUUUCUUUUUUUCCCCCCUAUGUUCUCAUUCUCCUGUGGUUUGGUUGAAUUCUGUUCUGUGUACACAAGCGUCUGUGCAAGUGUAUGUGUUUCUGCUUCCCUUGCAUGCUUUUGUUCUCUCUGUGUAUGUGUUCUAUCUUUCCCUUUCUCCCAGUUAUAUUAUUCCCCUACCUUUGGAAGCUGCUGCCUGCUGCCUGAGCUGACGUUUUUUGAUUGUAUCUGCAAAGGGCUUGUGCAGAUCUAAUUUCUGCCCCCCUGAAUAUUAAUCCAUGCAGCUGGGUGCAAUGUAUCAUCCCACUGAUGGGACCCGGUAGGGGGGGAAACCACCACCACCAAAAAAAAAUAAAAGAAGGGGACGGAUCCAUCUGCAAACCAAGAGGAAAAGGGAAAAAAGGGGGGGGGGGGGAAGAGAGAUGUUUCCUUCAAAUCCAACAAGCCUGGGAAGCAGUGCACUCUUGAAUCCUGCAUUUUCUCUCAAAAUGAUGGUGUGGGCACUUGUGUUCCUCUCUCUCAUCCAGUGUUCUAUCCAAAAGGGGGAUGAUGAUUAUGAAGAUUAUACAACUAAUAAAACUUGGGUUUUGACUCCCAAAGUCCAUGAGAGUGACGUCACUCUUAUUUUAAAUGGUUUGCUUGAGGGAUAUGACAACAAGCUGCGGCCUGAUAUAGGAGUGAAGCCAACAGUAAUUCACACUGACAUGUAUGUAAACAGCAUUGGUCCGGUGAAUGCUAUCAAUAUGGAGUAUACAAUCGAUAUAUUUUUUGCCCAAACCUGGUAUGACAGACGUCUGAAAUUCAACAGUACUAUAAAAGUGCUUCGGUUGAAUAGCAACAUGGUGGGAAAGAUAUGGAUACCAGAUACAUUUUUCCGAAACUCCAAGAAGGCUGAUGCUCAUUGGAUAACAACUCCCAAUAGGAUGCUCAGGAUCUGGAACGAUGGCAGGGUGCUAUAUACACUAAGAUUGACGAUAGAUGCUGAGUGUCAGUUACAGUUACACAAUUUCCCAAUGGAUGAACAUUCCUGCCCACUGGAAUUUUCAAGCUAUGGCUACCCAAGAGAAGAGAUUAUUUACCAGUGGAAGCGCAGUUCAGUGGAAGUUGGAGACACCAGAUCUUGGAGGCUCUACCAAUUUUCAUUUGUUGGACUGAGAAACACUACAGAAGUGGUGAAGACAACGUCGGGAGACUAUGUAGUCAUGUCUGUUUACUUUGACCUGAGCAGAAGAAUGGGCUAUUUCACCAUUCAGACAUAUAUCCCCUGUACACUCAUUGUUGUACUGUCUUGGGUUUCUUUCUGGAUUAAUAAAGAUGCUGUUCCAGCAAGAACAUCACUGGGUAUUACAACUGUCCUGACAAUGACCACCCUCAGUACUAUUGCUCGUAAAUCUCUUCCCAAGGUCUCUUACGUGACAGCAAUGGAUCUUUUUGUGUCAGUGUGCUUUAUUUUUGUUUUUUCUGCACUGGUGGAAUAUGGGACCUUGCACUACUUUGUCAGCAACAGAAAACCAAGCAAGGAUAAAGAUAAAAAGAAGAAAAACCCACUUCUUCGGAUGUUUUCCUUCAAGGCACCUACAAUUGAUAUCCGACCAAGAUCAGCAACUAUUCAAAUGAACAAUGCUACACACCUCCAAGAAAGGGAUGAAGAGUAUGGGUAUGAGUGUCUUGAUGGCAAGGACUGUGCCAGUUUUUUCUGCUGUUUUGAGGAUUGCCGAACAGGGGCAUGGCGACACGGAAGAAUACAUAUCCGCAUUGCCAAAAUGGACUCUUAUGCCCGUAUAUUCUUUCCAACUGCCUUCUGCUUGUUUAACCUGGUGUACUGGGUAUCCUACCUUUACCUUUAAAAUCAGAAUAGAAAUAGGUGAUACAAGCCUUACUCACUAAAUUUCUUAGAGAGAUGGUUUCCUUUUUAAGUCCACUUAAAGUAUUUCUGAUACACUUUAUAGUGGUCUGAAUUCUAUAGUGCCAUAAACCCAAUAAAUAUCAACUAUAUCAUACUGUUUGUCCAAAACUACCAUACAGUUAUUGUGAUUUAAACAUCACUGUUGCGUAUGUUUAAGUGAUUUGAAAUAAGGAACUAUAAACAGCUAAUAUGCAGCUCUACCAGCUGAAAUGGAGCAGUAUCAAGACAGUGAAAAUAUGGUGACUGUCAUUAAUGGUGAGAUAUUGUCACUUCAAUCAUAAGUGAUCAAAGCUAGAAUUCCAAGGUAAAGUACUGUACAGUUUGUAAGCAUUGGCUAUAAAUAUGCUAUAACAUUGUCCUCUGCUUUUCUUUUUGGAAGAGUCAUCUCUCACUUCAAAUAAGUGUUACUAGAUUAGAAAAGUAACUUCCCCUCCCACACUAAUAAAAACAGACUUUUCCCUCUCCCCUCCCUUUAAGAGCACAUGUACAAUGUUGUAAAUAUUUCAGUACCUUGUAGUACUUAAAGUCUAGUGCAUGCAUCUUUUUUGAGCCAAAAUAAAUGCAGCAAAGGUACCAUAAAGUAUUGUCUUUUAUUUUGUGUUUCUGGCUAUGCUAUUAUAAUCAAAAAUGUGGAUUUUUUUUUCCCUUGCAGAAUUGCCCCUCUCUCUCAUGCAUGGAGGAUUCAAGCAGACAACGCUUUCACGUAAGAUAUUAGAGAAGCCUUAAAGAGACAAACAAACAACAUGUAGACAGAACAAUUUAUAUGGCCAAUAUAACCCUUAGGUUACAAAGCAAAAUUAGCUCUAUGUAUUUGCUGCUGUUUUAUUCUUUACUUUUCAGUGAUAAUUUGUCUCAGCUGAAUUUCCAAUUAUUCAACAUUCUUCAACAUUGCAAGAUCUGCUGUAGACUCUCACUACCUUCGUUUUCAGUGAUUCUUUCCCACAUUAAGAUUGAACUUUUCAAGGUAAUGUAAGGAAUACACAAUCCAUUUAAAUUAGCCAGAAGGAUGGGAAACAUAUCUGUAACAAGUAAACAUUUCUUUUUUCUGGCAAACUUCAGGUUCAUUUGGAACUUCCUAAUUUGUGUCAUAUACACAUAUUCAAUUCACCACUCAUGUUUCUGAUCAUCAAUAGUCAUUGUCAGUGCUGCUUUUCACUCUGUGAGUACCUUUAUUAAAAUACUGACCCAUACCAUGUCUAGCAUACAACUUAUAGAUAACCUUGAAAUCAUAAAAGGGAAUGGAGAGUCUUUGCUAAUAAAUCACAUAUGUGUAGUGUAUGUGCAUUUAAAACCAUUCAACCCAUUUGGGUGACUCUUGAAACUCAUUUAGCAACUGGUUUUCAGAACCUGUAUGAUGCUCAAUUAUGCAACCUUAAGCACAUGUAAAUAUUACUGACAUUUUUUUAUUGUCAAAGAUGUAAAAUGUCAACUCAAAGGAAGUAGGUUUGUGGUUUGUAGUGGGAGAUAUAUAUGUAUGUUGUCACUACAGAAUCCUGGGAAAUAUGGAGGAACAAGGAAAGUUUUCCAAUGUUUGUAUAGUUUUGGAAAUAAAAUAUGUAUAAAAAGGUAUAAUUAAAUCUUGAUCAUCAAUGGCUCCUUGUCCAAUGUAUUUGAAACCUUUUAAUAAAGGAAUUGCACACACAAGUGGACUUUUUCAAUAAAAUUGCUGCACUCA